AUGUUCAAGUUACAGCAAAUUCUAUUGACUGUAGCCUUUAGUUUUGUUGUCAAUGGUCAAUAUAGCGCCACUUAUCUGCCGUCGAACGUACCAAAGACGACGGAACAAGGCCAAGCUGGCACGAACCAAUGUGGAACUAGUAACAGCCAGACGUCGAUGUGUCAGAACGCUUAUCUUAAUAGCGUUGACGACUUUUGCCUGUGGGGGCCCCCUGAGCCUAACUCUGUAAUCGGGAACUCGGAGCGAGAAGUCGUUUCUUGGUGCCUGAAGCCUGGGACAGGUAGUCGUUUGAUACCAGCCGGUUCAAUAAAGGGUGCACAUUUCGUGCAGACUCCCGAUUUUAUCCAAGUCACUGGGACUGGCGAUCUCACCUCCCUGAAUAUUCAACGCGGCGAUGCCGGUGGAGAGCUUGAUCCUCAUGGUGCAGACGGUAACGGAAAUCCUAUUGGUGGCCUCGUUUUUUCGACGGCAUUCGGACAACUCCAGCAAGUACAUGAGUGGACUCAAUUCAUCAGCUCUACGGACUUCUGUUUCCGCGCCUGCACCGGAAAGAGCGCAACCAAAUAUUGCGAGCAUAUCUACGAUGUAAUGGGAUGCAACUGGAACAUGCCUGCGGAUUACAGUGCAGGGAAGUUUGAAAACUGCAAAGGUGACUCUGGGGAGCCAAUGGGAAUUUAUGGUGCCUCUACAUUCCACCAAGGCGAGCCUGCUACUCCAGCUGCACACCCCCGUCCGAAGACAUCUGGUUGUGUCCCUAUUGCAACCAUAGGCGGCGAUGCUGCUCCUCCGGCUUCCUCCAGUGUUAUUCCCUCUUCCUCUUCCGCGCCCACAUCCACAGUAGGUUCACCCUCCUCUGCUACACCCCUAUCCUCUCCCCUAUCCUCCGCGCCCUCCUCCGCGUCGACGGGGACGGCUCAACCGACUGGCAGCUCAUCUUCACCCUUGCCUGCCCUACAGGGUUCCUCGACGAGUGGAAGCGCAGGCAGUAGUGCUCCCGCCGGCCCAGUCGAAACAGGAAAUGCCGCAGCGUCCCUGUCAAGUUCUCACCAGCUUGCAGCCACGAUCGGGUCGAUGCUCGCUGUGUCCGUCCUUGUCUCGGCAAUCCGUCUUAUGUGA